CAGUAGUGCUACCAAAUGGCGCCAAAGGCCCAAUUUACGUUAGAGGAGAUUACUAAAAUCGCGUUGGGCGCGCCAGAGUUGACGAGCACGAGUGUCCACGUUCUGCAUAGUCUAGUCGAUGUGGUUCUCAAAAAAAUUGGUUGUCAGAAUGAUACAGUUUCCAUUUGCGGCGUGGAAUCUGAUUGUUUGGCAGAAUUGUUAAAUAAAUCUAAAUCAACACCGAUUAAUUUUGACGAUAAGCAAGUGACUAUUAUUGCUCCCGAAUUAAAUAAUAUCGUCGAGCUAGAAAAGUCCGUAGACGAAUUGCAGAUCAAGCUCAAUGAUCAUAUAAAUACCGCAAGAAAAUUCAAUCAAUUGCCGCAAAUGAAAUUUGAUAUCAAGGACUGGGAAAAAAUGAAAGAUUUGGAAGGGAGUCGGUGUAUUGCUUGUGAAGAAGAUCAACAGAUCGCUUGCUAUCUAACUAGCAAUAUUGAUUUUCUCAAAAAGCUACAACGUCGUCUCGCUGAACCCAUGGUUUUGAACCUAUUUCAAUUUGAGCAAGAAAUAUCAGCGCUCAAUGAAGACAUGAAUACGUUAAUAGCAAAUGUCGCAGAGAAAGUGGAGAAAUUCGCAUUGAUUGAAGCUAGUCUGCUAGCGGUUGAAAAGGUACGAGCGGAAAUCGAGCUACAUAACUAUACGUUCUUAGGUGCGAUGGAGGAAAUUCAGGACAUCUUAGACUUCAAAUUGGAUAAAAUACAAAUUCCUGCACUGAAGCGUUACGUCAUGCUCAACUUCAAACAUAUCGAUAGACACGUAAAAGGCGUGAAAUAUGCAGUGGACUGCCCAAAAUAUCCAGGCACUAUCACCACCGGAGUGCGUUGUCUAUCAUGCGGUGAUCGAAAUGUAUGCAUCCAGAGAGGAGUUCAUCCAACUGGUAUGUUACCAGAUGCACAUGCUUUCAAACCAACACAUCUGCCGCGAGUAUGCGAAUGCAAGACAGAGAAAGAAGAGGCAAAGAAAAUGGAUGUUGCGAAUGUAGUUCCUACGCUGAUUACGAAAGAAAACAUUGAUGCUGGAGCCGCAACUGCAACUGUUGUUUCAAUAGAUGAUUGCACAUUAACAUGCCAUGAGAAGUAUGAGUUUUUAGAGGGCACCGAUGGACUGCUGUAUCGCAAGGGUUGAGCAGUAAAAUUGAGAAUAUUGGCACUGUAGUAGUUAGAGGAAACUGUUUCAAAGCUCUUUGUAUAUGUACAUAUUUCACAAAUUUAUUUUAAUAAAUGAAAUUUUUUCUAUGGUUUUGGGAAUCCUAUAGGAAAGAAAGCA